AGCCGCACCAUCUUCUUGGUCGGUCCACUGCGCGACAAAACUACCGGAGAAGGAAGCCCAAGCCCGCGAACGACUUCGCCGGAGUAUUCGCCAGAGUUCUAAACCAAUUUCCUUCGCCAAUCAAUUAAGUGUAUUUGAGGUCAUGGGAGAACUGGUGAAAGGGACGGUGACGCCACUUUCCUCACUUUUUCCGGCAGAUGAAGCUCGCAAAGCGGUGCAGCGUGUGCAAGACACCAUCGCGGAGCGGCAAAAAAUGAUGGACCAACUAAACGACUUUGUUGCUGACAACAAAAGCCUAAUCGAUCUUGUUCAGCGCCUUCCUGACAAACUCCAUCAUGAUGUCAUGGAAAGUUGAUUUAUUCUAUCUAUUUUUCCUAUAAACUUCGAAUAUACUAUGAAUGUGUGAAACAAGUUUUAUUUGUUUGUUUUUGGUAUUUUAGGUUCCAUUUGGGAAGGCUGCAUUUUUUCCUGGUAGAUUGAUUCAUACCAAUGAGUUUAUGGUUCUCCUAGGAGAGAGUUAUUAUGCAGACAGAUCAUCCAAACAAACUACUGAGGUUUUGACCAGGAGGGGUAAGGCUUUGGAGUCCCAAGUUCAAAGUCUAAAGGCUGAAAUGCAGGACCUUGAGGCUGAAGUUGCUUUUUUUGAUACUACCGCUUCUGAGUCUGUGGAGGGUCUUGUGGAGAUCAGAGAAGAGAUUGUUGAGGAAACUUCUUAUGAAAAGUCUGCAUCAGGGGGAUCUGGUAGUUCUUCCAUGGCAGAAAAUGAUACCCAAAAAAAUGAUGACGAAGAAUAUGCUCGCGUAUUAGCCCGGAUUGCUGAACUUGAGAAAGAAGAAGAAGAAGAAGCUGAAAAAGCCAGCGAAAAUAAUGAAGAUGAACGUGAACGCGUCUUAGAUAGAAGUAUUGUGCACCCUACCAUGGAUCAACAAAUUGGAAGUUCAGAGGUGCUUGGCUUAAGUAGCAUGACAAAAGCAGUGAGAUCUUCAAGAACAGAAAUAAAUGAAGCUAGAAUGACAACUUCAAGAAAUCAUGAUCAGUUGAAAGCCGAAGCUUCAAAUGUACAAGUUCUACCUAAAGAUGAGUGCUCACAUGGAGAAUGCCUGACAUUUUGUCAGCCACAUUCAACCGAGGUCAAUCCAAAGGAGAAUACAGUUGUGUUGGAAAGCAAGGCGGUUGUAAACAAAACUCAACAACACUUUGAUGGUGGCAAGGCAUUUACUGGCUCAAUCGUCGAACAUUCACCUAACUUUGAUAUGCAACCAAGAGAGCAGAUCGUUGGUCGCACCUCAAAACCAGUUUCUAGAUUCAAGAUGCAGAGGAAGUGACUGUGACUCAGGAGAAUGAAUCUUGAACAAUCACCAGUGGUGGAACUUGAUGGUUUUGACGUUCAAAAUACACAAGCUGAAGACUAGCUAGUUGGAUUUCUUAGCCUAUACUCUGUAUAAAAAUAUGAUGUACUUUUUUUUUUGUAUUGGGUUCAAGCAAAUUUUGUUUCAGAUUAAGCUCAUCAUUAGUUCAUGUAAUUUUUUAUCAUUCAGGGAAAAUUUCAAAUCUAAUUUUCUGUGUAACAUAACGGGUAAAAAAUACUUUUUUAAACAAAUUAGUCUCAACAAGGAGAUUUAUUUUCACUUGCUUUCGAAAAAAUUCUUACUCAUUUU